AGAUGGGCAGAUAGGAACAGGUUAGCCAUGAAUGGGAGAUGACAACAUGCUUCUCCCUCUCUCUCCCUCUCUCUCUGUGCUGUAGCGUACACUACUACCCUCUGCAGCCAUAACGAUGCAAGACGAGAUGAGGAGAGGAGGAUGGUGGAGUGAGGCAGGGCGGGGCUGCUGAGUGACAGAGGCAGGAGAGGGAGGAAGCUGCUCAACAGACGAGGAGGAGGAGGAGGAGGAGGAGGAAGGGUAAAUCCACAGGACCAGAGUGCCGGCAGCAGAGGAGGGGAGGGGGGGCUUCCAGACUGGAUGGGCCCAGCAAUGCCUUGAUGGAGCAUGGGCCAGGUUUUAGGAUUCUCCCACUGCCAUUUACGUCAAAGUGUGACUGUUUUCUUCCAGAGGAAUAUGGCUCUGUGGCGUCCACCCCAGACUCGACUCCUCCGUGCACUGAUGGCGGAAAUGAGGAGUCAGAGAUGUACGAGCUGCAAACAGCCAGAGAGUGGUCCGACGACGACGAGGGGGGAGACCCAGAUGAUGACGAGGGUCUGGCUUCCUCCCCGUCCAUCUGGGGCACGCCUCGUCAGAACUCUUUCGAGCUGACUUUCUCCUACAUCGCCAUUGCCGAGGCCGAAGCUGUGGGAGCCUCCCGACACCUCCGGGACCGACGCAGAGGAGGCUCCAGGGGAAGCCGAACUCCUCUGAUGCGUGCAGACACCCUGGAAACACUGCUGGACUCCCCCGACGUAGACUGGGACCCUCAAGGCUUCCUCGGUCGGGAGGAGGAAGAGGAGGAGGCUUCAGGGAGGAGAGAGCAGGAGAGGGCGGAGGCAAGGACAGCGAUGAGGGAAAGGGAGCAGCAUGGACAAACUGAGACUAUUACAAUUCAGCCCUCUCCCCAAAAUCUGGACACAGAGAAUCAAGGGAGAGACGCAGGAGUCCAAAGAGACGAGAGUGUGACUCAGACUUUCCAGCCUCCCUCUCAGUCAUCCCAAAUACAGAGCUCCUCACAGACACUCCAGGCAGCAUCCUCACCGACCCCUGAGCCAGAGUCUCCCGUCGCCAGGGAAACCAUUUCAGUCAAGCUGCUCACAUCUGUGCGACCCAGAGGUGCGGCGUCCUCGUCGUCGGCUGCCAUUGGCCUAAACUCUCAGGAAGAACUGGUCAGCGAUCACUGGUUUUCAGCACUUAACUUAACAGAGGACUCGACAGUCUGCACACACAUAGCAGUGAUGGACCUGAUCUACUGGAAGGACACGGAGCGAACCGGCAUGGUUCUCACAGGGUUAGUGGUGGGUUUGCUGUCCCUGUUCCAGCUCAGCAUCAUCACCGUGAUCUCCACAGUCUGCCUGGCUGUCAUGUGCUUCACCAUCUCAGUGCGCAUCUACUACCAACUCCUCUACAUCCUCAGCUGGGGUGAUGGAGAACAUCCCUUCAAGUCAUACUUGGACUUGGACAUCAGUUUCAGUGGCGAGCAGGCUGACCUCUAUGUGCAGAAAGCCAUCGUCAUGGCUCUGUCUGCUGUUGACAGUCUGAAGAGACUCUUUUUCGUUGAAAGCGUUUUUGAAUCCCUGAAGCUCCUGGUUCUGAUGUACCUGGUGACAUAUCUGGGAGAACUGUGCAAUGGCCUUACUCUGCUCAUCAUCAGUGUGAUCGCUGUCUUUUCUCUGCCAAUUUUCUACAGUCGACGCCAGGAAGAGGUGGACGGCUUCAUUGCAAAAAUUCAGGCCAAGAUUGACAACGUCAAGGACUUUCUGCAAAGACUUGUCCAGGGUGGCGGCCCUCCUCCUGAUCCAACUCCUGGUGGUGCCAAACCCAAAACCCAAUAAACACUCAUGGACACCAACUUAAAGAGACGCUACCAGAGUCACAGACUGUCACUCAGAUGUCUUACUCAGCGGUCUGUGCUCGGAGCUGCAGAGGACAGAGCUCCAGAGACUAGGGAAGGGAAGGGAGGUUAUUUAAAUGAAUGAGGAUUGCGCAUGGUACUUUAUACUCUAACUGUAUCUGGGGUCGGAGGAUGGGGUUGAGAUAAUUCUUCUUCGAGGUGAAAUCGAGGUGUAGGAAUCCUGGAUGACACUGAUUCCACCACACAGCUUGACAUGCGCGACCAUCUUUGGAAAUACUGUUUUUAACAUGUAAAAAUGACUUUGAAGGGGCUGUAGUCCAAAUGAGGUACUAAGACCAUAAAUGGGAAGUUCUCACACCGACAGCUACACCUGAGAAAAGAGAAGCGAGUUGUUAAGGUGAUUUAUGUGAGACGACAAAAACAGGUUUCAAUACUGAUCAUGGCAGCAUAAAACUAGCAAUUAAGGAUGCACGUGUCAGCAUAUGAACAUUUCUGAUUAUUCAUUCUCAUGACUGUUUAUCUGUGUGUGUGCAAGUAUGGCUGUGUCUAUGUUUGUGUGUGCGUGUGACAUUCUUGACAUGCAGCUUGCUGAGUUGAAAAUGUUACCCACAAGCAAUUAAAGUCACAUUUCUUCUUUAUUUUCCAAAAACGUUCUGUUUCUUUUCACCCCCACUGACUUUCACUUUGAUUCACCACAUCACUCAUUUUUCUUUUUCUGUACUCCAUCGCUUACACCGACGGCUGCUGCUUUCCCUCAUUCCUUUGAUGCAAAAGGAAAGUUGAAACACAAUAUUCAGAAAGAUGAAUGAGCUCCGUAACGCGUUUCAGUGCAUCGUAAAAUGGAAACACGGCAGGCGGUCGGUCUUUGACUGAGCAUCAGAGGUGUUACUGAGGAAUUUUAUGGUCUAGUAGCCGGGCGAUGAAAGGAAAAAGUGCUAAGGUUUCAAAUAGACACGCUCUCUGUGCUCUUUAUGUGUUUAUCUCCAGCCUGGGAUCAAACAUGUGAAGGAAUGUAGAAGUGAAAUUACAGCAGGUGCCUUUCUAACUGCAGGUUAUAGUGCAUGAUCUGAUUCACAGUACUUACAACUGCUUACAGCGACUUUUCCUCCCGUAACAGACCACUUCUCACAUUUACCCGACCAUUGCCUUCCUGAGAAUGAUGUUUUGUAUGUGUACAAUACUUGUGUGAUACCACAUGUAUAUCCUGACAAGGUAACGUAUACAGAAUUGUAAGUAGAUCAAUUUUAGGAAUAAUAAAAUUUCAUUCAGGAUUCUGCUGCAGUUAGAGUCCACAUUUCCCUUCGGCAGAUGCUUUUUUUUUUUUAAGCUUGCACCAAAACGCUUCCGUUCCAAUGCCUUAUUUGUUGCAUAAUUUGUGUGUCUUACGGAGAAAGCUUGUUCAAACAGACAUAAUCAAUGAAACACGACGGCCUGUUGACAUCAUGUGCUGCUUAGUAAUGGACCUACACACCUCCCUCUGCCUCCUGUGUUAGUUGUCAAAGCUAAUACAAAUGAACUUCUGUCUUAUAUUUCUUCCAAUAAUGAACUUAAGCAAAGAUAAAUGGAAUGUUGCUGAAAUUAAUUUCCCUUUCUAGCCUCAGGGCUUGGUAUAUAUUCACUGAGGUCUGUCUUGUCCAAUCAUAUUUAAGGAAAACUGCUGUUCAUGUAGUCAGACGUCUCAUUUUCAUAGAACUGUCUCAAUACCUCUAGAUCACCGUUUGUUUAGGUUUUUAUAUUUGCUGUGUGGAUGAAGGAAUAAAAUAAACAAGGAAUUAAGUUGGAAUUA